AUUUACAGUUUGGGUUUAUAGAGUGACAGUUUGAAUGUGAUUGUGUCAUCGUCAGUCACGAUGAGUUUCAGAAAUGUUAUUGUUUUUGUUACGGUGUGCGUUAGUUAUUCGAUGGCAUCCAACGUCACGGACAUUAAGCUGAAGUAUCUCCAAUACGUGUUGGAGUGUGCUACUGAGCACUCUGUGUCCACUGAAGAAAUAAGGGAUUUGGCCACACAUAGGGUGGUGAAGGGCGACAACAUCAAGUGUAUGCUGGCUUGCGCCUAUAAAAAGACUGGGAUGACUGACGAAGAAGGCAAACUAUCAGCUGAAGGAAUGAAAGAGAUUGCAGAGACGGCGUACCAUGACGAUGCGGAGAAAAAGAAGAAGAGCGAGGACUUCACCAAAACUUGUUUACGUGUAAACGAAGAAGAAAUCAUUGGAGAAAGGAAGGAAUGUGAAAGAGCAGCAAAAAUCUUCAAAUGUGCUGCCGACAAUUUUGAUUCCGCUGUAUGAUUUGGCGGUGGGAAAAAUACGAAAAAAUUACUAUUAUGAAAUUACUUAUUACCUAAGUUGGAAAAAUAAAACUGUAGAUUUCGAGUA